CCACUCGCCGCCUCUCUUUUUCUUAUUCUUUUAUAGGGCCUGCUGUAAAACCCGGCUUCCUCCCUCAUAUUAUCACUGUCUCUCUUCCCCCAAAAUUAUCCGGCUUGUUCCUUGGCUUAUAGAUAUAGAGAAAGAUCUCAGAGAGAAUUGGAAGAGGAGGAGGAGGAAGCACUGCGAGAUACCCAGAAAGAAGAAGAUUUGAUUUUCCGAGGCAUAUUUGAAAGAAUGGCUUCAAGACCCGUGGUUCAACAGCAAAAUAGAGGAGGAUACUCCGGCAACCUCUUCCACGAUUUCUCCGAUCUGCUCAUUCCCCUGUACCUAACGUCGCGGGAGUUCGACGGCGAAGUACAGUUUCUGGUCACCGACAAAAGGCCGAGGUGGAUAAACAAAUUUAAGGAAGUGUUGCAGAGGUUGUCAAAACACGAAAUCAUAGACCUCGACCGGGAAAAAGACGGCGAAAACGUCUUUUGUUUUCCAAGAAUCAUAGCAUUAAAUAUUGUCUUCUUGACUUCACUAUGCUCAUCGAUUUUCAUAUUCUUUACAGAAAAAGAAAAGAAAAACCCAUUUAUAGAUGAUGCUAAUGAUGAGGAGGAAAUCAACAAAAAACCACAUCUGAAUGUUGUAUUCAUUGGACAUGUUGAUGCUGGGAAGUCAACUAUUGGAGGGCAGAUACUGUUCCUUAGUGGACAAGUAGAUGAGCGUACAAUCCAGAAGUAUGAGAAAGAAGCUAAGGAUAAAAGUAGAGAGAGCUGGGCUGAGAAGGAGACAACUAGGGAGAAGAUUUUGAUCAAGCAGUUGGAGAGGAGCAAAAGAGAAGCUGAAAAAGAGAAAAAAAGAGUAGACAAGGAACUUCAAAAGGAAAAGUUACAGAGUGAGAAAGAACUGAAGCGCUUGCAACAUGAAGCAGAAAAAGAGGAAAAGCGCCGUGAAAGAGAAGAAUCUGAACUAAGAAAACAGUUAAAAAAGCAACAAGAGGAAGCUGAGAAAGAUCAGCGACGCAAGGAGAAGGAAGAAUCUGAAUUGAAAAAACAACUUGCUUUACAAAAACAAGCUUCACUCAUGGAGUGCUUUCUUAAAAAGAACAAAAGUAGCUCACCUUCUCAGAAUGAUCUUUCUUUGAACAGUACGAUGCCAGAUUUAUCCUCUGACAAGCGAGACAAGAUGCUUGAAUCUGUUACUACAUCAAUGGACUCUAUCCUCUCACACAAUGAUGGAAUAAAUGCUGAAGAUCUAUGGAGAUCACAUUUGAAUUCUUGGCAUGGCUUGGGUCACCUGAUUCGUUCAAAUGGAAAGGUACAUUGGGGCAUUCGUCGUGGGCCUAGAACUGAAGUUGUCAAAGAGCUCAAGCUAACUACAAACAAAGGACUCACUAAUGAUGAUGAGUUAAGUGUAGUGAAGCUUGUUGAUACAUGGGUUGACUCUAAUACUGAUAGCACAUCCUGCCAUGUGAAUCCAAAAAGUUCGCCGUCUGGCCAGAAGAAAUUACCAAAGAUAAAACUGUUGCAGUUUGAUCAGAGUUAUAGGCCUGCGUUUUACGGUGUUUGGCCAAAGAAAAGAUGCAUAGGGCCUUUACCAUCGACUACAUGAGCUGUUAUAUUGAUCUUGCCAAGAGUUGGAUUAUGAGAUAGACAGUGAUGAGGAGUGGGAAGAGGAGGAACCUGGUGAAAGCCUAUCAGAUUGUGAUAAAGAUGAAGUUGAAAGUUUAGACGAAGAAUGCACUAGAGGUGAUGAUGAAGAAAGUGAAGAUGGCUUUUUUGUCCCAGAUGGAUAUCUGUCUGAGGAUGAGAGUACAAGGUGCAUUUGUAUAACCGUAAUGGCUUAUGUGCGUUGGGUUUUAUGGAUGAUCCCUACCGGGUUUGAAGUGCAUUUUCACUGCUAAAAUCAGGUCAUGGAUGAGUACCAAAAAAUUUUUUGUGACACAUGCAGAUCUGCUUAAUCUGAUAGUACUCAACAAUGGCCUUAUUUAUUUGAAGCUCUAAAUAAAUUUCAGAAUUCUGCGGAAGCUGACAAGCUGUUGAAAAUUCAACUGGAGUUGGAUGAAACAAAAUUUUUUCUUUCCCGAUGGUGAGUAUCUAGCAAGUGCUGGAAAAGAUGGAAUUGUGCGUGUUUGGAAGGUGGUUGCUGCCGAAGCUCCUAAGGAUCUGAACAGUCAGGAUGUCGAUCCUUCCUGUUUGUACUUCUCACUGAGCCAUUUAUCUAAAUUGGCUUCGCUUGACAUUGACAUUGAUAAGGAGAAGAUAGGCCAACUGAAAAAAUCGAGAAAAUAGUCAGAAUCAGCUUGUGUCAUCCUCCCACCAAAAGUAUUCCGGAUUCUAGAGCAACCAGUACAUGAAUUCCAUGGGCAUGUGGAUGAAGUUUUGGCCCUUUCCUGGUCAAGAAAUGGGUAUUUGCUGUCGUCCUCUGUUGAUAAAACAACUCGUCUGUGGCAAGUAGGACAUGAUCAAUGCCUUGGUGUUUAUCCGCAUAAUAACUAUGUCACCUGUGUGGAAUUCAAUCCUGUGGAUGAUAACUAUUUUAUUAGCGGUUCAAUAGACGGAAAAGUACGUCUCUGGGAGGUGCAGCGUUGCCGAGUGAUUGAUUGGACUGAUGUUAAAGAAAUCGUGACUGCUGUGUGUUAUUUCCCUGAUGGAAAGGGUGGCGUAGUGGGAUCCAUGGAUGGCAAUUGCAUAUUCUAUGAUUUAGUAGGUAAUCGUUUGGAGAUGGGCUCUCAAGUGAGCUUGCAAACGCGAAAGAGAAUAACUGGAUUUCAGUUUUGCCUGAACGAUGUGAGCAAAAUUAUGGUUACUUCUGCUGAUUCACAAGUUAAAAUACUUCAUGGCUCCAACAUUAUCUGCAAAUUCAAAGGCAGCCGAAAUUCUGGAAGUCAAGUUCCUUAUAUCUGGAGCUAUACUAGCCAGGACCAAACUGCUGUAAGUCUCCCUGAACCUAUUGUCGAUGAGUAAUGACGUGUUCUAGAACGUGGGUGAGAAGCUUGACAGUUUGGUUGAGAAGAGUUCAGAUCUCAGUGCAGCUUCACAGGGUUACGUUGUUUCAAGUCAAUCUUGGCCUUUUGGGCUUUAAGGGUUCAUGAUUUCUUGGGAGGACUUUACAAGCUUUUGUUUGUAAUAUAUAAGCUUGAAUCACUAUCAAUUCCAUUCCUGCAUUUGGAAGAUCUACCUGCUGACCUAUCUGA